CUACACUUCGCUAACAAAUCACAAACGUAUAAGCAAAUACAGCUUGAGCUUCAAUAAACAUUAAAAAAUGAGAGUGUCAUAUGUAUCGUUGACUCUUGUCAUAAUUUUUGUUAUGACAAUCUUGUACGCACCCGAAGCGGAAGCGGGGGCUAAUCCCAAAGUUGAAGCACCAGAAAAACCCGACCCACUUGUGAGUUAUAUGUUACCACAAUGGUUUAUUGAUUUUGUUUUGAAACCUUAUGGAUUGGAUUAUUGGCUUUCUUAGAAAGCAAGUAAAUGAUUUUUGAGCAAGUAAAUGCACCGAAUUUUGGCAGAAUAAAAUUUGAAUGAAAGUCACAACUGAAAAACUUGGAGAAAUGUUACAAUAAAAAUGUGAGACUACAAACGCAUACACAUUAAUGUUACAUACCUUUUAAGUAAAAAUAAAUGAUAUUUCUGUACUUUGUAUGUAUUUGCUCAUCUUAUAAUUACGCAAUUGAAAAUAAACAACAAUUUAUAUAUGUAA